UCUUUGAGCUUUAUCAUAAAAAAACGUUCGUGAUUUAUCUACUCGCAAAAAUACAACAGAAAAAAUUAAUAAUUACAAGAAAUUUUAGGGCUGUAUUUAUGUUUAGAUCGCGGACGAUGUCAAUCCCAAUAAACAAAGAGCAGCUCGCUCCCCUAAAGUUUUUUGUCGAGCUCUGUAAGAAGAAUCCUCAGCUUCUUCAUGCCCCUGAUUUUGCCUUUGUCAGAGAAUUUAUCGAGUUUUUUGGUGGGAAAAUUCCUAAUGAGAAGAAGAAUGGACCAGAGGAGAAUGAUGACGAGCCCAGUAAAUUCCGUGAGGAGCCAGAAGAGGAAAUGGAGGACGAGAGUGGUGAUAGUGAUGUCGAGUUUGAUAUGACUGGGGUCAUUGAACCCGACAAGGAUUCUCCUCAAAAGAUGGGUAACCUUUCUCUUCAACCAACAGAAGAAGAAAUAGCAGAAGCCCAAUUAAAACGUUCAGAGGCAGUGUCAGCCUUUUCAGAGAAGGACUACGAAAAAGCACUGGCUCUCUAUACAGAAGCAAUAAUCCUCAACCCCCAUGCAGCUCUGCUCUACGCGAAACGUGGCCAAGUCUUUCUUCAAUUGAAUAAACCAAACGCUUGCAUUCGUGAUUGCAACAGAGCUAUCGAGCUGAACCCAGAUAGUGCAGCAGCCCACAAAUUUCGAGGUCGUGCCCAUCAGCUUUUGGGUGAUUGGGAAGAAGCCGCAACUGAUCUUCGACUGGCUUGUCAAUUCGAUUUUGAUGAACAAGCAGAUGAGUGGCUUCGUGAGGUUGCACCCAACGCUCGGAAGAUCGAGGAGCACAAACGAAAGAAAGAGCGUAGAGCACUGGAAAAAAAGGAGAAAUCACAUCAGGAGGCCGUGAGGAAGGGACGUAAGGCAGCCAAGGCACGUGAAGCUAAUUCACGUCCAUCACAGACUGAUGAUGGAGCAGGAAAACCAGGGAUGGGGGAUUUUUAUCAAUACCUUAAUGAUCCUGAAGUUUCGGCAGCAUUCCAGGAUCCUGAAGUAUCAGCCGCAUUUGUUGAUAUCUCAUCGAACCCAGCCAACAUUCUGAAGUAUCAGGGAAAUCCAAAAGUAAUGGCUCUGAUUAACAAAGUUGCCUCGAAAUUUGGUGGUGCGACUGGCUUCGGCGGAAUGGCAGGCCAGAUGCCUAGUGCAGAUGCGUCGCCAAAGCCAUCUGCACCGAAAAGCGAUGACGACGUCGGCCUUGAUUAAAGGUGCUUUAUACCCCACUCCAAGUCUCUUGCUUACCUUCACUCAAGUUCAUUGUCGUAAGACAUUGUUUUUUUUCCUCCCAACAUCGUCUACUCACCAUUAUCUGGAUAAUUACUGCUUAAAUUGCAACAAUGUUAAGUAAUCGAAACUAGUACUUUUAUAAAAAGAUGGAGAGGGAAAGAGAUCAAAUGCAACAUUUAGCAUUAAUAAUUGUUUUUUCUAAGGGAGAUGACUGAAGAAAACGAAUGAAAGAGAAAAAAACAAAAUGUAUCUUUUGCCAUGAAACACGACAUCAUGUUGAAAAUAAAAUGAAUCAAAUCUUA